AUGCCCGAUACAUUGAUUGUUGGAAUGGAGAUUCGUGCACAGGUCACCCAAUACGUAACAGAUCGCAUCGCAGCUCUCCGUCUCGCGGCAUUGGACAACGAUAUCGAAAUGUCCUCCACAGACGCUGUCCCCAAGAAGAAUAUCUGGGCCGGCACGCCUGGUGGUUUCCAGAACAUUUCUGUCCUCCGUUCCAAUGCCAUGAAGUUUCUGCCAAACUUUUUCGAAAAGGCACAGCUCCACACUCUCUUCUUCCUCUUCCCGGACCCGCACUUCAAGGCACGCAAGCACAAGGCCCGCAUCAUCUCCCCUACGCUCCUCGCAGAGUAUGCCUAUGUUCUCCGCGUAGGAGGGAUCGUGUAUACUGUCACCGACGUGUACGACUUGCACAAUUGGAUGGUCACCCAUCUCGACGCAUUCCCGCUCUUCAAGCGCAUCGACGAAGCGACGCUCAGAGAGCAAGGAAAGGGAGACAUUGUCGACGCAGUGCUCAACGGAACCGAAGAGGGACAAAAAGUCGAGCGAAAUGGUGGUCAGAAAUACUUUGCCGCCUUUAUUCGCAUUGAAGACGAAAAGUAG